GCGGGGUUUGUUGCCAAGGUAACACGUAAACAAAGUUAUGGUUAUUUUUGAAAGCUAGGUGUAGUGAACAGGACAUCGACUGGAUAAAGGAUCCGUAACACAUAUGACUUUCUUCGGCUUGACCCAGCUGGGUUAUCAAAACCCAAUCGGUGAUAACAUGCUCAUAAAUCCCCGGGGAGUGCCUCCGUCUCAGGAUGACUGUUUUACAGUCAGAAGAGAAUUUCAGCCAUUGGUUAAAGAACAAGGAACCCUCAUAAACCCAGAAGUGACCAAAGUACUACUACAGCCUCAUUGCUACAGCGUUGAUGAUCAUCGAGGGAGUCAUCAGCGAUACGCAGAAAUGGUGAAAAAGGCUCAACCACCCAGGCUUCCCAACCAGCUGUAUGUAAUACCUCUGACAGAAAACCAGAAGUACGGAUGGAUGAGACACAUGAGCACUGAACCAUGGACCCAGUGCCAAAGGUUUCCUCAAAAAAUCAGCGAGAUGACAAGGUUCGUUGGUACAAUGACCUUGAUACACCGAGACUUCAGCUUGUUCUGACCUCCCUCAUGUUUUGGCUUCAUGAAGCAGAAGCUGUUGUUUUGAAAGUCAAAAAAAAAAGCCUGCAACUUUUUGACUCUUCAAUCUUAUUUUAUUGAAUAAAAUUUAAUUACUUUGUUGUUCCUAUUGGUUGUUUCUUUUUAUAUAUAAGUGUUUGUAUGUAUGCAUUUAACCGGGUUUGUCUCGUUGAGAUUAAAAAUGUCUUUUUUUAAGAGAGAUUUGGCCAAGACUUUCAGCAACACACAGACGAUCACAAAUCAAAAGUACAAAAUGUGGCCUUAAAUACAUAUAUUUAACAAAUAAUUGCUCUAAUUAAUGGAUAUUGUACACUAUUUUACUUGUGCACUAUGAAAUGUGCUAUAACAGUGCUAUAGUACUCUGUUAAAUCUCUAGUAAAUACAAAAUGUACAUGCUGACAUUAUUCUAAUAAGUUGUUUUUUGAGCUGUAAAGAGUUGUAUCCACUGUCUACAAGAAAUUCAGAUAACAUGAGCAAUUACAAAAAAUUUUUUUGCUAUGGGAUUAAUAAUGUAUUUAUUAAUUGAAAAUUCAGAAAUGCUAGAUGGAGGUUGAAGCAUCUUCAUUCCUACUGAAUGUGAUCCAAGAAAGGAACAGCAGAGAAUCGGCAGCAUUGUUUCAAAUAGGGAACAAAACUACUUCUGGAUUUUGUGAUCCAAUCUUACAGCU